CGCUACCGUACGCCUAGAUCUAAGCUAACGUUAGAUUAGACCGAAAAUUAGUCUAUUUCUGUCAAGGUAAAAAUACUUCUCCAUAAACCCCACUUUCAUUUUCUUUUUAUUCUUCGGGUUGGAACCACUUGUUGGUUGGUUGGAUUUGGAAUUGGAUUCCAACCUCUCGCCACUCGUUCAAAGAACAACUUAACGUUAGUCGUUGGUUGAUGAUCUCUGUUUUGUUGGUUGUUCAGCUGAACUCCGUUGGCUUCACUCACCAAAUACAGAGACCGAAGUUCUAGGUGAUCGGUACAGGUCAGGGGACUCAGUCAAUGGCCAUAUGUACUUAAGAUCGGAUAAAACGGGGAAGUGAAGUUACGCGACAGCCGAGAACAACUCACCAUUUUCAUCUCCUUGAAUACUUGUCUUGGAGUUUGAGGCUCAGAGAUGGGGAUGAAUGUGUACACACAAUGGCGCCUCAUCAACGUUGGGACACUCUUCAUUGGCUAUGCUCUCUAUGUCUUAAACAGAAAGAGUUUUGUCUUCCUUUUACCAGAAAUAAUAAAGGAAGAAGGCCUCAAAAAUAAUGAUCUUGGUACCAUUACCAGUAGUCUAACAUUAGCCUACGCCAUCAGUAAGUUUAUCGGAGGGAUUAUCUCCGAUCAGAUCAGCCCUCGAGUAAUGUUUCCAAUGGGUCUCUUUGCCACCGGUGUUCUCUCGCUACAGUUCUCUGUCUCGACGUCGGUAGAAAGUUUCAUCGUGAUGUCGUUCCUGAUGGGGCUUGCUCAGGGUGUGAGCUGGCCCGGAGUAGCCAAGGUCCUGAAACAGUGGUAUUUGCCAUCAGAGAUUGGUCUGUGGUGGAGCCUGAUAUCGUCUGCUGCUAAUGUCGCAGGGACUCUAGGACCCCUCGGUCUGGCUCUACUUGCAAUCAACUUCGGUUGGAGAGGCGCAAUGCAGUUUUGUGCUGGGAGUGCUAUUAUUGUUGCUGCGACGGCUGGAUUCAUAAUACGAAGCUCACCCACUGAUGUCGGACUGCCAUCUCUACAUGCCAACGUUGAACAAUCAAAGAAUAAUGAUACAACAAAAACAUCUGAAUCAGCGAGUAUUUUUGAGAAUCUCAAGUCCAUCUUAACGAGCCCAGCACUCUGGGUUAUAGCUCUACUGUUUAUGAUCAGCAACUUUCUUGUUACUGGGAUGACAGACUGGGGCCAACUCUUCCUGAUACAAGAGAAAGGUCUUAGUCAUACAACAGGAAGCUCAUUUACAAGUGCAUAUUCCCUUGGUGCUACCGUUGGCAGUAUAACAUCCGGAUAUAUUACAGAUAAACUAGUAGCAAAGUAUGGACGGAGGCGGAGGGGAACAUCACGGUAUCCAUGGUUGCUUCUAAUGGUUGCAUUGAAUCUUUUAUCACUCCACGCGCUGAGAAAUUACAUCGCUCCAGAAACUUACCAGGAGCUUAUACUACUGGUUGGUCUAUGCCUAGGUGUGGCCCAGAAGAGCUGUGUGGCAUUGUUCGGCAUCCUAGCCGUUGAGAACUCUCCCAUUCAUCUUUCUGGGACAGUGCAUGCCUUCGCUGCUCUGGCUUCAAGCGCUGGUGGUGUAUUAGCUGGGCUACCUCUGACCUACAUCUCGCAGCAUUAUUCCUGGUCACACGCCCUCUACUGCAUGGAAUUGGUCUCAUUUCUCAGCCUUAUCACCAUGCUCCUUGUACGCAGGAUGAACAUGAGAAUCGGUUACCAGUCUCCUAACAAAUCAGAGUAAAUUGGAGCCUGCAAGGUCCCUCUAUAUGGUUACAAUACCAUUGUUAUUCACAGAUUGAAAGCCCAUUUCUCAGCAUUAUCAUCAUGCUCCUUGUACGCAGGAUGAACAUGAGAAUUGGUUACCAGUCUCCUAACAAAUCAGAGUAAAUUGGAGCCUGCAAGGUCCCUUUAUAUGGUUACAAUGCCAUUGUUAUUCAUGGAGUGAAAGCCCAUUUCUCAGCAUUAUCAUCAUGCUCCUUGUACGCAGGAUGAACAUGAGAAUUGGUUACCAGUCUCCUAAAAAAGCAGGCUGAGUUCAAACUCACAGGGUUUAUACAUUAUUAAUCAUUCUUCAUAGAGUGAGCUGAUUUUUUAAAGCUUUUAUUUAAUGCUCUCAAUACGCAGGAGGAACAUGAGAAGUGGUCACCAGUCUCCUAAAAAAGCAGGCUGAGUUCAAACUCACAGGGUUUAUACAUCAUUAAUCAUUCUUCAUAGAGUGAGCUGAUUUUUUAAAGCUUUUAUUUAAUGCUGACAAUAUGCAGGAUGAACAUGAGGAUUGGUAUACCAAUCU